GUAAUAUUCGACUUUCGCAUUCUCGUUCAAAAAUGGAUGCUGAACCAUCGACUCCAAAACAAACUGAACAAGAGCCAAGUGCAUUGUCAUCUGCUGAUCAAGUCACGAAUGAGCCAAUGGAAUCUAUCAUCCGACCAUCCAUUCUGGAUAGUAAUUCCAAAAUGGGAAAUAAACAAGAAGAUGAAGAUCGUUUGAAAAAGGAUUCCGGACCGUCGACUUCAAAUCAAGCUGAGCAGGAUCCAUCGAAAUCUGCUGAUCAAUUCGUAACUCUCUCCAGACCGACCACAUUGGGUUUUUCUCCAACAUUCGAAAGUCUCCAAAAUAAUCAAGAGGAUACUAAACAAUCGACGAGACUAUUAAAUGAGGAUCAGGAUCGGGACACUCUCUUGAAAAAACACGUGGAUUCUUUGUACGCUCUAAGCGAACGAUGUAUUAUUUUUGCCGGCGUGUUAAAUCAGUUUUUACCAACCGAAAAGCGGCGUUCAAAAACCGAUUUCCUUACGGAAAACAUGUUAGCCGCGCUUUUAUCUGAACUUAUAACUCAAAUUGAGGUAUCUGAUUUGAGAGCUAAAGCUAAUCCAGCAGUUGGAAAACAAGAAGGCGAUCGAUGUAAAGAACUGGUUUCCGAAAAAUCCUGCAUAGAAGAGUCACUUCGAAACUUUCGAGAGUUCGCAAAAGAGGAUAGUAAAACUGAUACUUCUUCAAAAUUGGAUCCGCCAAAUCUGAAUACUCUUUUGUACCAAUUGGAAGGGAUAGAAAAGAUUAUGAACAGCAUUCAAACAACACUUGAGGCAAAUAAUUUCAAUGAUUCUGAAAAUGGCUCAAAUGAAGUUACGCCAAACAAAUCUCAACUGGAAGGUGACUCGUUGAAAGAAGUUCCAUCAGAAGAAUCUCAAAUAGUCGAUUCAGCCCAUGACGGAGAUUCAAGGAAAGAAGGUGAAUCGGAGGUAUCAGAAAUGGACAACGUCGCACUGGACAAAGAUUUACCCGAAGAAACUGAAACAGAUAAAACUCUUGUGGACGAAAUUCCGCUGGAAGAUUUGGACAAAGAACCACUGGACGAAAAUCCACUCGAAGGGUCUCCUGGGCCUGCACAAAACAUGACUGAACGGAACAUACGGAAACGCCCAAAUAGUAGACAUGAUAAUGUAUCACCAUCAAAGCUACAAAAAGUUUGAGAAUUUUGGAUGCAUAAUUUGUUCGAAGAGCUAUUACCUACUUGAGUUGCAUAUCCUAUUUCUUUACAUAUCUGACUAAUUUUAAUUUUUAAUAUGUUCGAUUUAAAAUCACGAUAUUCUUUUGUAUUCGCCAUUGUUGUAUUUUUAUUUUGUUUUGUCAGAAAUAUUAUGUGAUCUGAUACAACUAUUUUGAAUUAAUACAGUUUUAAUGAAAACCUCUGUCACUUC